AUGCGUAACAUCAUCAUCUCCCUCUACCAACCGUCUCACCUCGCCGGCCUCAUCCCGACCAUGGAGUCCUACAUCGAGCGCGCGGCGAGGAAUCUCGAUGAAGGAGACGAGGUCGUCUUCUCAAAGCUGGCUUUGACCCUCUUCACCGACGUCAUCGGGCACGCGGCCUUCGGCGCAGACUUUGGCCUGUCCGGAGAGCCGGUGUCGACAGACAUUGAUGGCAAGGCUGGCGCUGGCGUCAAGAACGGCGGAACGGCCGUGAAGGUGUCGGAGGAGUUCGUGAAAAUGCACCUGCACGCGACCACGUCGCUCAAGAUGGACCUGUCCGGGUCGCUGUCUAUCAUAGUGGGCAACCUCGUGCCGUUCCUGCAACAGCCGUUCCGGCAGGUGCUCAAGAGGAUACCCGGCACGGCCGACUGGAAGAUCGAUCAUGUGAACCACGAGCUCAGCAGCCAGAUGGACGUCAUCGUCGCCGACCUGAUGGCGGCGAGGGAGCGCGAGCCGGCGUCGAAGCAGCGCAAGGACUUGUUGUCCGUGGUCCUCGGGGCGAGGGAGCGGGGCGGCGCGGCAGUGCAGGAGCUGCUCACUCCGGACUACGUGAGCGCGCUGACUUACGAGCACCUCCUCGUCGGGUCGGCGACAACGUCGUUCACGCUGUCCUCGGUGGUCUACCUCGUCGCCAAGCACCCGGAGGUAGAGGAGAAGCUGCUCACGGAGAUAGACGCGUUCGGCCCCCGCGGUCGCGUGCCCACGGCCGAUGAUCUCAAGACCAGGUUCCCUUACCUCGAUCAGGUGGUCAAGGAAUCAAUGAGGUUCUACGUGGUGUCGCCAUUGGUGGCCCGAGAAACAUUGGAGAGAGUGGAGAUUGGUGGCUAUGUCCUUCCCAAGGGCACAUGGGUGUGGUUGGCACCUGGUGUACUUGCAAAGGACCCCAUUAACUUUCCGGAGCCAGAGCAAUUCAGGCCAGAGCGGUUUGACCCUGCUGGCAAUGAGGAGAAGUGUCGGCAUCCUUACGCCUUCAUCCCCUUCGGCAUUGGUCCAAGGGCCUGCAUCGGGGAGAAGUUUGCGAUCCAAGAGAUCAAGCUCGCCAUCAUUCAUUUCUAUAGCCACUACGUGUUUCGUCACUCAAAAGCCAUGGAGUCACCGCUAGAGUUUCAGUAUGGGAUCGUGCUCAACUUCAAACAUGGGGUCAAGCUUCAGGUCAUCCACAGGGACAAGGAUUAA